UGGGCCAAUAGAUUCUUGUUCCCGUGGUUUUCUUUAUUGUUACUUAACCACCCCACCCCACCCCCACCCCACCCCACCUCAACCCCCACCCCCUCCCCACAAACUCUCUUUAUAAACCCCACCCCAUUUCUUUCCAUUUCCUCCAGCCACCCUACCUCCACCGUCCGUACCAACUCCGGCCAAAACUAACAAACAAACAAAUGGAAUCAACCACCACAAGAAGACCCCUUUUUCUUGAGGAAACCAACGGUCUUGCUUCUAUUUCCGAUGAGUUUUCACCCUCACAAUCACCUUCAAUUUCAAGACCCUUAUACUCUCCAAGAAAAGCUUCUCUUAAAAACCUUUCUUCUUUUUCGUCUCCAAGAUCUGGCCGGUUUUUACAUGGUAGAUUUGAAGAACAACAACCUCAUUUCUUGGAUGCCUGUUUUCUUUGCAAAAAACCACUUGGUCAUAACAGAGACAUCUUCAUGUACAGAGGUGACACACCAUUCUGCAGUGAAGAUUGUAGAUCAGAACAGAUUUACAUCGAUGAAACCAAACAAAAAACCAAGAAUCUUUCUACUUCAAUGAGAGCUUUGAGGAAGAAAGAACAAAAAGAAAACGAAACUUCCCAAAAAUACCCUUUUCGUUCUGGUGCCGUAGUGGCUGCUUAACCAGUAAUUUGAUUCUAAUUCAAGGGUAAAAUGGGAAAAUUUUGUCUUUUAUAGAAGCACGUGACUUGAGCAUGCACUACUUUUUUCUUUUUUUUAUUUACCUCGGGAGUUUUUACCGUGGUAAAAAAGAAAAUUAUGGUGGGAAGUAGUACCAUCAGUCUGUGGUCAAUGAAGUAUAGUACAAGUGGUUAAUGCAUAAAGUUAGUGUACUAGCUAAUCUUGUACUUGUAGUACAUAUAUGAUGCAUAAUAGUAACAAGUCCUUUAUGCAACCAUUUUUGUUGUGUGUUUGGCCUUUUCUAUUGUAUGGAAAUCACGUACAUUACCAAUU